UCUGUGAUUAUGUCUUUUAGAAAAUUAAAAAACAACUCAAACAAUUCUUUAAUAGAAAUCAAUUAUUCAACUCUAAUUUGCACAAAAGAGUAAAGUAAAAGUCCACAGCACCAAAACCCCCAAUCCCCAAGCUUCCCAAAAAUGGCAUAAACUUCACACCCACCAAAUGCUCGACAAAACUCCUCAACCAAACCAAAAACCAUGGAGUCGAGCAUUUUGGAGUCAAUCGGAGUCGAAAUCAUAGACGUAAUGACACCCGUUUCAAUCUGUAUGCUUCUCGUUGUUCUAAUUGUCUACUCCCUCUCUCCAUCUAACCCUCUCUCUUCCGCUGCUUCCUCCGAGCCGAUCCGCACGGCGGCGAACCUCGUAUACCUCGAAAACCCAUCGGAUUCCACCGCCCAGAAGCUUGAAGGAUCGUUACUCAAUGCCCUGGUGUUUGUUGUUCUCAUUGCUGUUGUCACUUUUCUUCUUGUUCUUUUGUAUUACUAUAAUUGUACCCGCUUCUUGAAGAAUUACAUGCGAUUCUCUGCCUUCUUUGUCUUAGGUUCGAUGGGAGGCUCGAUAUUCUUGUCAUUAAUUCAGCAUUUUUCAAUUCCAGUUGAUUCCAUUACGUGCUCUAUUUUGUUGUUUAACUUUACGAUUGUGGGUGUACUAUCGGUGUUUUCAAGUGGGAUACCCAUAUUUUUGAGGCAAGGAUAUAUGGUGGCAUUGGGGAUAUUUGUGGCAGCUUGGUUUACAAAGUUACCGGAGUGGACCACAUGGAGUGUGUUAGUGGCAUUGGCAGUGUAUGAUCUAGUGGCGGUUUUAGCACCAGGUGGGCCCCUUAAGCUGCUUGUGGAGUUGGCCCAGAGCCGAGACGAGGAGCUUCCCGCAUUGGUUUAUGAGGCUCGACCAAAUGUUUCACAGAAUGGGAAUAGUCAAGGUAGGAGUUUGGACCUUUUGGUGGGUGGAGCUUCAGAUUCAAGGUCAGUGGAGAUGCAAACGGUAUCAAGUGCCAAUAGGAGUCGGAAUGAGAGUGAAAAUCGUGUGAACUCUGAGUACACUGCUGUUCCUGUUAGGAAUUUUGCGAAUGAUGUAGGUGUAGGAAAUAGAGAUGAUUCAGAAAGGUCACCAUUGGUCCAUUUUACUAGGGAUAGGCAGUCAUCAAGCAGCGAAUUGUCCGAGUACUCAACAGCUGUUGGGAAUCGGGAUUCAGAUGUUGUUGCGGAUGAGGAAAGGUCGCCACUUGUCGAUAUACUGGGAAUGGGGAGUGAAAGAGAGCACGUAACGAGGGAAACUUCUGAAGACACCAUGCUCGGCAGCAGAGGUAUUAAGCUCGGCCUAGGUGAUUUUGUUUUCUACAGCGUUCUCGUCGGUAGAGCUGCAAUGUACGAUCUUAUGACAGUGUACGCAUGUUACCUUGCAAUUAUUUCAGGACUCGGCUGCACUCUUAUUUUGUUAUCAGUGUGCCGCCAAGCUUUACCUGCACUCCCUAUUUCGAUAGCAUUAGGUACCAUCUUUUACUUCUUGACUCGGUUACUGAUGGAACCUUUUAUUGUCGGAACAGCAACAAAUCUUAUGAUGUUUUGACUGUCUAUUUGUUGCAAGAGAUGGGAAUUAAAUCUUUUGCUCCAUCAAGUAGAACCACAAAUAUUUUAGGCAAAAUUAAAAUUUAGAUGAUAUUGUAAUGUUUUGGUGAAUUAGAUCUGUAAUUGGCUAAUGCAACAACCUCAAUAUUAACUUCA